CAUGGCAAGUUUUCGUUCUGACGAUCAAAGACAAACUAACCUAUUUUCUUUCUCUAUAGCCAAGCCUUGUAAAGUUAAGGCGUCAAGAUGACGAAUUCCAAGGGUUACCGCCGCGGCACAAGGGACUUGUUCGCCCGCAAGUUCCGAACACAUGGAACCAUCCCGCUUUCAACUUAUAUGAAAGUUUACAAAGUCGGAGACAUCGUUGACAUAAGGGGCAAUGGCGCAGUUCAAAAGGGUAUGCCACACAAAGUCUACCACGGCAAGACUGGUCGUGUUUACAACGUAACAGCCCACGCUCUCGGUGUUAUUGUUAACAAGCGAGUACGUGGCCGCAUUCUACCCAAGAGGAUCAACAUCCGUGUUGAGCACGUAAAGCACUCCAAGUGCAGAGAAGACUUCUUAAAGCGUGUGAAGGAAAACGAGAGGCUCUUGAAGGAAGCCAAGUCUGCCGGUAAAAUUGUCAAGCUGAAGAGACAGCCUGAGCCACCUAAAGCAGCACACAUUGUCAGCGGUGCAGAGAAACCAAUCUUACUGGCUCCUAUUCCAUACGAGUUUGUAGCUUAAAGUGGAAUAAACUAUUUUUAAGUAU